AGGAAUAGAUAUCUAUGUAAGAUAUAGAACUCGUCAGGGAAAUCUUAGGUAUCUUGCCGGAUAGAUUCAAAUCAUCAUCAUGCACCUACGUAAGAAACUGACAAUGACCGCAGAGUCAAACUUGUGCCUAGAGUAAGCAGCAGGAUGCCAGUCCUUACAAUCCCCCAAAGGCUCACCCGCAUUGGCGGUUUCAAAAAUGUUCUUGUCGUCGUCUCUUCUGCGCUCGUUUUCUCUGCUCCAUUGUUGGGGCAUGCGCAGCAGGAAGAGGCGGGCUACGUGCCCCUCUAUCCGCCAUUGACACCUGAAGCCGAAGGAAAAUGCCACUUCCAUUUUAUGGGCAGAAAGGAAUUAGUUUCGUCACGAAGGUUUACCGUUUAGAAGAUUAUUUUGUAUUUAAAUCCUUCAUCCUCUCCCAAGCCGGUCACAAACCUGUCGAUCCUGCGGAUCUGAAACGCGGCAGAACCUUUGGAAAUUACAAGCAAGACCAGUUUGUCUUCGAGGAAAUCUUAGGGGGACGGAUCGAUAGGAGUACCUGUCAGCCGAUUUCUUGCGAAACCUUACGUUGCCCCUUCACAAGCGAAUCAGUGGUAUGCGAUUGUGUCUCGCCAAAAGCGGAGUUUUUUGGCCUACACUUCUUGGAGAUAGGCGCUGGAGAUGGCCUCUAUUUGUCGAACUUGUUGUUCUUCGAGAGUCAGAUGGUUAUGGAACGCUUCUGAGUUUACUUCUAUUUGUCGAACUUGUUGUUCUUCGAGAGUCAGAUGGUUAUGGAACGCUCCUGAGUUUACUUCUAUUUGUCGAACUUGUUGUUCUUCGAGAGUCAGAUGGUUAUGGAACGCUUCUGAGUUUACUUCUAUUUGUCGAACUUGUUGUUCUUCGAGAGUCAGAUGGUUAUGGAACGCUUCUGAGUUUACUGCCCCUGUGCUGGUCUCACAUUAAUUUUUCAAUUAAUUCACAAAAAUUUUAGGUACAAGUUGUAAGUACUUGCCUUCAAGCACUUGUUGAAACGUUGUAGUUACAAAUAGAGUUAGACAUCACUCACGAGAGUGCACCUGCUGCAGCCACCCACUCGCCGCACUUGAAGAAUCUUCCUCUUCUAAGGAAUCCUGGCGCGGAAUAUGCGUGGAAGGGAGCCCACUCGCCUAUGACCAUCUUGUGAGACAGCGACCGAAGUGUGUGAAUAUCAACGCAGCUGUAGGCUUCGACGGGAUGGAUACGAAAUGGCAGUUGCUGGUAGACUUGCUUGGCAGUUCUAGUUCAGGAAGUGCUGGAGCUGCGAGUCGUCUCGUUAAAACCACUGAAGAGAAGAAUUACGGCUUCCCCUAAUCCAUCUCCUCUAUAGGGAUCAAUCCAUCCCUGUAGAUAUCCCUUAAACAUAUGCGCCCCAAUACCAGGGAGAUACUGACGCAUAUGCUUGAGGGAUUUCCACAGGGAUGAAUAGGGGAGAGCUCUAAAAGAAGAACCACGAAGAUGAUGUCGUUGCAACUGCUCAGAACGAUAUUUUAGCAUUACUUGCGGCGGUGACGAGCUUGCCCGGCGUAGGAGUAGAGAAUGAAGAAAAGAAGCUUAUCGCGGGAACUACGACAAGGACCCAGAGAUCCGCGCAACAGCAGCUGCUCACAGAGAAAGCAAGGAAUUCGCUGAUUGAGGCAACGAGAGUCUUGUUGAGGGAGAGAAGGAGUGCUGAAGCUGGCUUUGCAGUGUUUGAGGAUCCGGAGAAAUUCGCUUUUCAUCCUCCGUUAUGGUCAUAUGAUAAUGUUGACUGAGGAUCAUUAUACCCUUCUACUUCUACUAAGCACGAUAUGAUAAUAUUGACUGAGGGCGGUUAUACCUUUGUUCUAAGCACGAUGAAACUCUUUGGUGGAACAUCUAGAUCUAGCAUCUCAACACGACCUGCUCUUUCUUCAACAAAAAAUAGAAGCCCUCCCUACAACUAAGUAGCUUCUCUUCUUCUAACCGCAUCUACAUACGAUUUUCUUACUUUUCGUGGUCCUGGUCAACAGAACAGCAACAAGAACGAUCCAAAAGCAGCACCAGAACAAGAAGAGGACUGGCAAACCAGUGUGUCGUGCGUCCUCGGUAGCGAAGGCAUGUGCCGAAGUUGGGAGACCGUGAACGAAUUCAUCGCCUCUCAGAAAAAUGUAACCACCGAAAGGGAUCCAGUUUCGAUCUUCUCUUUAAGAACAUUAUUCGAGUACGUUGCAGCUGCGAUGCCGUCCUUUGAUCUAGCCCGCUUUGGCUGGAUUUCGAUAGACGUUGAGGGUGCUGAACUGGAAACGUUGAGAACGAUUCCUUUGGGUAAUGGAACCAGAGGAGCGUCUUUGUCUUAUGACGAUCAUUGUCUUCUACCUUCUAACCAGUAGAUCUAGAUGAUGUAGCGCGACUUGGUUUUGGUAUCAUCUAUUUGUUCUCUUCUACUUCUAUCUUGUUUCAUCUCCUUGCUCUUUUUCUUCUUCUAGCACAAAUAUAGUAACAAGUCAUUUGGAAAGUCAAGAAAAAGAAAUUCGAGCGAAGAACAUCUACCCGGGUGAUAAGCACGAGUUCGACAAAUUCGAAAACACGAAUCCGUCGUAAGCACGAGUAUCUUCUUCUUCCUCAAGGCAGUCUGCACUGAACUUUGUGCGAGAAGAUUAAUUAUAUUAAUUGUAUUGUAUCUAAAUCUAAAUCUAAUUAGAGCGAAGAACCUCUAGUAGCCGGGUGAUAAGCAUAGAGGGUCCGCACACAGGCAGAAGAUUUCAAAAGCAUAAAUACGCCUGGUGGUUGCGAAAUCGCGGCUACAGACUUCGGGAACUAGGCAAUGAGCCUUCUGCGGAUUGGUGGUUUGUAAAUCAAGAGCGCUCACAUCAGACGCACAGCACAGAUCCUUAACUAUUCAUUGACUACAGGAGCAUUCUUGACUACAAGAGCUGCACCAAGACCUCUUCACUCGUCAUCUUCUAGUGCUAAGUGUAAGUGGUAGUAACUCAAACUCUUCAUCUCCAACUAGUCUGAGUUUGAUGACACGACUUUUGCACUUUUGUUCGGCUGCCUCUGCAGCGCUCGCCUUCAGCGUUUUACAUGUG